GCGUCCCCAAGACUCAGGUCGCUAGCAUACUUCAACAAAUGUUUAAGCUACACGCGAUUCCCAUGGCUUUGAGGACACUGCAGCUGCCAAAAUAAUCAAAUAACAUAUAUAAGGAAUGAAUCAUUACAGAUUUAAUAAACAUAAAAAUCUCCUGUUCUGCAACCGAAAACGCCUCUACAAAGCUCGCAGUUGAUAGCUAGCUAGCUGGCAGGCUAAAGUGUACCCGGACAAAACCCACGUAUGCACGGGAGAACAUGCAAACUCCACACAGAGAUGCCCGAGGGUGGAAUCGAACUUGCUAACCAGUUUCUAAAAAUAUGAGAUUGAAUGGAAAAGGGAAGUAGCAACACGGAGUCGUCUUCUUGGUUCUUCCUGCAGUCCGGUCGUCUGUCUCUGUCAUGGAAAGACAUCAGUGAAGAUGCUGCUGCUCCGUCUGUAUGUCUUUACCUGUGCUGCUGUCAUCACAGCGGGUACCAUGGAGACGGUGGUGGGCAUGGCCGGGAGGAGAGUGGUAUUGCCGUGCCGCGUGGAGGCGGCCAACCAGAACGACGUGCAUGUGUGUUGGGGGAGAGGUGAGCCGUCGCUGUUCUCCUGCCACAACAUGCUAGUCAACACAGUGGGCCAGCAGGUGGAAUACAAGACCUCGUACAGAUACUCCGUGUCAUCGUUUUCUUCGAGCGCCAUCCCCUAUCUCUGGAUCUUUAACGUGCGGCCUUCAGACUCCGGUUACUACCACUGCAGGGUCCAGCUGCCGGGACUCUUCAAUGACAAAACAUUCACCGUCCUCCUCAUUGUCAUUAAACAAUCCGGCAACCUGAACACACCGCAGACAACAAAAAGAAGUGAUGUCACAGAGGGCGUGACGCAGCAGAUAGGAUGUGACAUCUCAACAGAAGAUACAACCGCACCCGUAGUGGCACGAGUUCGAUCGUCUGUCCAGCAAAACAAUGUCAACGAUCUGAAAAUGUUCCUCGGACACACACUCCGCAUCGCCUUCAUCAUCUUCAUACCUGCCGUCAUACUGACUGCUGCUUACAGAAUCUGGAGGUCUAAUCAGAAACUUUGGACUGACAGCAGCAUGGACCAAUCAGAAAAAGAAGAAGAGGAGGUAUAUCUGUGAACCAAAGUAAAUGAAUAAACAAUUUCCAAUCUUG